AUGUCUGCCGCAGAAACAACAAGUUCUGCCUCCGCAGUGACAAAAUCCAAGCCAGAGAGAUUGCCUAUCACUGUUUCCAAACCUACUCCAUACACCUUUGAUCUCGGCCAUCUCGUUGCAAAUGAUCCCAACCCGCUCGAAAUCUCCCGCUCCGAACCAGUAAACGUUUCUCUAAAGGCCACAGCCCGCGAUGGUGUCCAGUCUCUCCUCAACCAACUUCUCACUACCUGCCCUAUUACUUCCUCACAAGAGGGUGUGCUCUUGACACUUCCUGCUCCCACGACUGUCCUUCCAAGACACAAGCCAUUGCCCACGCCCAAGCCCCCCACCAAGUGGGAGCUUUUCGCACGCAAGAAGGGUAUUGGCAAAUACAGUGGCAAGCCUGGCGCUGCACUUGCGGACAAGGAGCGCCGGAAGAAGUUGGUCUAUGACGAAGAGAAGGGCGAUUGGGUACCUCGUUGGGGCUAUAAGGGGGCGAACAAGACGGAUGAUGAUUGGUUGGUUGAGGUAAACGAGAAGGAUUGGAAGAAGGAGGAGGAGGCUGCAGCUCAGGGAAGCUCAAUUCGUGGGAUGUCGCGGGCUGAGCGCAAGGACAGAAUACGGAGAAAUGAAAGAAAAAUGAGGAACAAUGACCGGAAAGCCAGGAAGUCCGGUGGUGGUUAA